CUGUUUUGUUUUGUUUUCUAACAUUAUCAGCCGGCUCGCAGACGCAGUUCCACGUGCUAGCUACAGCGUGCUCAGUAAAAUAUUAAAGAAACUGAUAAUAAUAUGGGGAAGAAAGCAAAAAACAAGCAGCAGGCUCCAGCUUUGAGCAAAGCUGACGAGAUGAAAAUUAAACAAAUGAUAACCGCUGGUAGUGCGGUAGAUGAUUCAGAUUCUGAGCUCUCAGACUUGGAAGAUUCUGAGUUUGACGACGAAGCUGAAGAAAUUGAAUUUGGUUCUGAUCAAGAAGCUGAGGACGGUGACAACGAAGAGGAAGCUGUUGAGGAAGAGGAGGCGGACGAUGUUGACGAGGAAAAUGCUGAAGCUGAAGAGAGUGACGCUAAUGCUAGCGAUGAGGAGGAGACUGAAGAUGAACCAGGGAAAUCUAAAAACGAUAUUGGAACGUCUAAACAGCACAAAGAUGCUUUGAACCGUUUAAAGGAUACAGACCCUGGCUUCUACAAGUUUUUGCUCGAGAACGACAAAGAUUUGCUCAAUUUUGAUGCGUCCGACUCUGACUCAGAAGCUGGUGAUGAUGGUGACAAGUUCCACAAGCCACCUGAGACCCUACAAGAAGACAGUGAUGAGAGUGACAAUGAAAGGGAAGAAGAGUACACUGGCAACCAAAUUAAAAUAACCAAAGCUAUGAUUGAGGAGUGGGGCGAAAAUUUAAAAUCCGAAGGCUCCUUAGAAGUUGUUGCUGAGGUGGUCAAGGCAUUUCAGUGCGCCAUUGUCCAGCUGCAUGGCAAGGACGAGGAAGACACAAGCAACUUGAAAUAUCACUUUGUAGGGGCUGGACAUUUCAACACCCUGAUGCAAGCUUGCCUCUCUUACAUGUUUCCUGCGUUGAAGAAAAUAUUGAAAAUGCCUGGGAAUCUUUCCAUAGCGCAACCUAUGAAAAGCAAACGAUGGAAAAAAGCACGCCAGCACAUCAAACUGUACCUGGCUACAUUGCUACAAUAUUUAGAGUUGGUAUCGUCUGAAGAAGUGCAAACAGUGAUGCUGAAGCAUUUCCACCAAAUGUCACUGUUUGUGGUGUGCUUCCCAAAAAUGUGCAAAACUGCUCUGAAAUUGCUCGUCAAAUUUUGGUCUCAAGGACUAAGCCAGCCAAUUCGCAUCCUCGCCUUUUUGUGCUUGGCACGCUUCGCUUGCAAUAAGCAAAACCAAAUGCUUGAAAUGGUUCUGAAGGUGAUGUAUGCGACUUAUGUCCGAAACACGCGCUUCCUCUCACCCAGCGUGCUUGCAAACGUCAGUUUUAUGAGGAUUUCUCUCGUGGAGCUCUUCUAUGUUGAUGAAGCAGCUGCAUACCAACUGGCUUUCUUGUACAUCAGGCAGUUGGCCAUUCACCUCAGGACUGCCGUCAGGGUACACAAAAAGGAAACGCUGCAAACUGUCUGCAACUGGCAGUAUGUGAGUUCUCUACAAUUGUGGUGCGCCCUCUUGGCUCGCACCACGAAGUCUUCGCCAUUGAGAAUGCUUCUCUACCCAGUUGUUGAGUUGGCCAUUGGCAUCGUGCAGCUGUUCUCCUCGCCGCAAUACUACCCUAUGCGGUUCCAUUGCGCGAGGAUGCUGACUUUCAUCAGUCGCGGCAGCUCGACGUUCAUUCCAGUCCUUCCGCUUCUCUUUGAUGUGCUUGAUUCAUAUGACUUCAACAGAAAGCACAAACAUUUGAGCAUGAAGCCGCUGUCGUUCGCCUGCAUCUUGAGGGUGAAUAAGCACCAGCAGUUGGAGAAAGCUUUCAAAGAUACGAUCAUUGAGCAAAUCUACUCAAUUGCGCUUGAGUAUCUGGCAUCUCAGAGUUACUCGAUCGCAUUUCCAGAUCUUGUCAUUCCCUUGACAAGCCAGGUGAUGAAUUUCAUUAAAAAUUGCAAAGUUGCUGAGCACGUGAAGAAGAUGAAGAGCCUUCUGGACAAAAUCCAAGAGAAUUCCAAGUUUAUUGAGGAGGCUAGAAAAACCAGGAAUGUCAACUUGACCAAGGAAACUGAUUUAGAUGCCUUUGACGCUUUCGUUAGGAGCAAAGUGUCACCUAUGGACACUUUCUAUCAGAAUUGGCGAUCAGCCAAUGAGGAACGGAAAGUUAUACGACAAAAACACGAGUUCACUGAAGAAAUGGUGCCCAAAAUCAAGAAGCAUGCCAAAAAGGCAAUCAGCGAAGGCCCAGCAGAACUAUUUCCUUCUGAUGAUGAGGACUCUGACACAAAUAUCUUGAAGGGCGUCAGCUCUGACGAGGAAGCUGCUGAGGUAGAGGAGAAGCCGAAGAAGAGAAAGAAGAAAGCAGCAAAUAAACAACCUGCUAAAAAAGCAAAGACUAGAGAAUUCGAGGAUGAGGAGGAGGAUACUGCAGACAUUGUUGAAGACCUUGAUCUUGACGACUUCUAAUGAUGUAAAUUAUCAAUUAUUGCAAAUAUACACAGAUGUAUUUUCAAA